AUGUACAGAAUUGCUACUGAUGAAGGUAAUCAGGUAUAUUCUAAAGAAAGAAGAUGAAAUUUAAUAGAAGAAUGGGUCAAUAUCCUGAUGCUCAAGCAGAUUCAGGUCAGGGUCGCUAUUGUUAGGAAGCAAAGGGAUCAACCUGCAUUAGUUAAUCAGUUGUUCACGUGCAUGCAUAAAGCCAAGUUAUACGAACACUUCUCAUCUGCUAAAGUAAAUAUCCCAGCAGGCUGGAUAACGGGUCUUUUACUUUUGUACUCACCGCACGCUUGCCGCUGGAGAAGGCACAUGAGGGUAUUGUGCCUGAGGCGUUUGGUGUUGCUCUCGUGGGUAUUGCGGUGGCAAUGUCAAGGCAUCUCACCACAUCCAGACAACAGCCUUGAGGCAUAGUAAGAUCAUUCCAUUCGGCACCAAUCUGUCUAUUUGGUUUUUUCUACUACUAGCAUAAUAUCUACUACCUCUGGCCAGAUUUAAUCGAUGCAGCUCUACCUACACAUACAGGCUAAUCUUGCUUCAACUCCGCGUCAAUUUUUCCUGACCGUGGGAGUACUAUAUUAUUUUUAUAAAAUCAAAUUAUUGAUGUAAUUGUUGCCAUAUAUCCCGGCAUAUGUAAAUUUUCCGUCUUCUCUUGUA